AUGCCCGGCACUAGACUAUUAAAACGUGAUUGGGAGAAGGACCACGUCUAUUUGGUCCAAUUUCCUCGAGCUGGGUGUAUUCCAUCACCAUCUCCAUUUGCGUUCAAAGUAGAAACAUGGCUUAGGAUGGCUGGUAUACCGUACACGAACAUCAGUAAUGACUUCACAAAAUUCUCCAACAAAGGUCAGAUACCAUUUAUUGAAGUGAAUGGACGACAAAUUGCAGACAGCAAUUUUAUUAUUGAUCAUUUGAUUGAAGAGUUCCACAAGAAAGGAAUUGAUGAACGUCUUGUACCAAUUGAAAAAGCAUAUGCACGAGCAUUUCAUGCCCUGAUUGAGGAUAGUCUACGAUGGGUACUCAUCUAUUCGCGAGCUCACGACAAUAAAUGGUUUGCCACCGAGCAAGGCUUUUUGCCAUAUUUUCAAGGUGUGAAAAAAUUCGCAUUUAAAAAUGUUUUUUGCGAAAUGCUGCGGAAAAGAUUAUUGAAACAAUCCCAAUCGCAAGGAUUCGGUCGAAACACACCAGAAGAGAUUUUAAUACUAGCCAAAAAAGAUCUUGAUGCAAUGAGCAAAUUUCUCGGGAAUAAAAAAUACUUCUUCGGUGACCAACCAGUAACGGUAAUAAGUCGAAUAUACAUUGGGCUUGAUUGUGAUAUGUUCGCACAUCUAUCACAAUUCCUCUACACCCCUCUCUACACACCUGAAGUGAAA